AUGAAACCCUCUCUACCACUGCGACGCAUAUGUCGCCCAACGAGAAUCGUCACCCGCCCUCAAGCUUCAUCCUCGCUCAUCCUACCCAUUUCGCGGCACCGAUCACCACCUACAACUCCCACCACAACCCGAAUCCCAAGCCUCCCCACCCGCCGUUCCUUCAACCUUUCCUCGCUCUCCAGCCUCUUCCCACCAAGCAACAACGGCGGCAGCAACAGCCGCGUCCUCACCGCCACCCGCAUCCUGCCCUACGCCCCCGACAACCUCUUCCGCGUCAUCGCCUCUGUCGAAUCCUACUCGCAAUUCCUCCCCUUCCUUACCGCCUCGACCGUCACUCACCGCGAUCCAGAAACGGGGUAUCCGACCCGCGCCUUCCUGACCGUCGGCUACGGGCCUCUCAGCGAGACCUUCACAUCGCGCGUGGACUGCAGCCGGGCGCAGUGGACGGUCGAGGCGCGCAGCGGGGCCAAGUUCGGGAUCGACUCGAAGGAUGGGCAGGCGGGCAAGGACUUUCCUGGCGCGAACGAGGGGAUUUUCGAGUAUCUGAGUACGAAGUGGGAGUUGGUGCCGGAGGGGGAUGGGGAGGUGAAGCGGACGAAGGUGCAGUUGGAGAUCCAGUUUGAGUUUCGGAAUCAGUUCCAUGCGGCUAUGAUGAGUGCGGUUGAGGGGCAGAUGGCUGGGGUUAUGAUUGAGGCGUUUGAGAAGAGGAUUCGGGAGGUGGAGGGGAGGUGA